AUGCAAAGGAAUAAACAACAAAUAUUUUCUUUGAAUGGAAAAUCGGUAACUCGGUUACAAACCUCAUCAAUGAAUAAUAAUAAUAAUAAUAAUAAUAAUAAUAAUAAUAAUAAUAAUAAUAAUAAUAAUAAUAAUAAUAAUAAUAAUAAUAAUAAUAAUAAUAAUAAUAAUAAUAAUAAUAAUAAUAAUAAAAAUAAUAAAUUCAUUGAUGAUCAAAAUUACAAUUCUGAUAGUGAUACUUCUUCUAAUGAUAGUGAGAGUGAUAGUGAUAGCGAGAGUGAUAGUGAUAGCGAAGAGAUAAUCCAUUAUGAUAAUGAUGGACAAUCUCUUUAUGUAAAAAAAGUUUCAAAAACACAAUCGGAACCACCACACCCAAAACCACCGCAACCAAAACCAAAACCACAUCCAAAAUCAGAAGCAGAACAACAAAUUAAAACUCUUUUACCAUCGCUCCCAAAAAAUCCAAUUCCAAAACAUCCUAUUUUUAAUUUGAAUUGUGAUUUAGUUGAUAGUCCACAUGACAGAUUAUGGAUAAUUGAAAGUAAAAAAAGAGAAAAGAGAUUAUCUCGAGAAUCAUUAGAAGAUAAAAAAAAGCCAAAUAAAAAAAAUAAAAAAAAACAAUUUAAAUAA